ACCGGCUGCAAAUUUGUGAUUUUCAAUUUAUAGUAAAGCUUCUUUAAAUAUCCAUCAUGUUACGUUCGAGAAAAGUGUUACUUUACUUAUUUAGGUCCAAGCACAGCAAAACUCACUGGUCACAAGCCCAGAAGAAACAAUUCGCCAAAGAUCAAGCGCUGGAAAAUUUUGAUGACUUCUACGGUCAGGUGUUCGGUAAUCGAUGGAAGAGUAUCCGUGUGGCACUUUUGACCGAACACAAGUACAUGGCGCUGGUUAACCAGUUCGGUGAUAACGAGCGGACGACCGCCUUCCUGGAAGCGGACGGUGCGAUUAACCUGAGAGACAUUUACAAUGCCAAGAAGCAGUACCUGACGCAGGAAAAUAAGGAGAUGUUCUCUGAUGAUAAGAUCUUCAAGCUGGAUCAAAAAAUUGAAGCGUUUGCCGAGAAUCAACAGCGGCAGGAAGUCGAGCGGUUGUACAAAGAGAACGUGCCAGACUUAACUCGACGGGAUGCCGAAAAUGUAUUGGAUGAAUUCGUCGAUUACAAGAAAUCCUUGAAUCAGACUCUACGAGAUGACGCAGAGAUGGACUUUCAACGUUUAAUCGACCCCAAUGUGGGAACGUCCGGGUUGCAUGAGUUCAUCCCAGCAUCCAAGUUGAAAGGAAUGGAAGACUAUGUCCCGGAAUCGGAUCACUACAAGUACUACAAUAACAGUGCUGAUUUCCCGGUGUCGAUCGAAAUGGAACACAACCUUGACUUCCCGGAAAAUUUGAACAUAUUUACCUACGAGCGGGGGAAUGUGUCGGACUUUCGGCCACCCCGAACUUGUUCCACCAGCGUUCAAUCGCAUUUCCUCAUGGAUGGAGCUUCCGUCCUUCCUGCUUUGGUGUUGGACGUCCAACCGGGGGAUCGCGUACUGGAUGCAUGCGCUGCUCCUGGGGGGAAAUCUCUGCUCAUGCUACAAACACUCCGACCGGGAACGCUCGUGUGUAACGACGCUCAGGAAAGUCGAGUCAACAGGAUCAAAAAACUGAUGAAUAGUUACUUUUACGAUUUCGGCGAAUCGUGCAAGAAACAGCGCUGCUUCGUUACGCAACAGGAUGCACGGUUUCUGAAUGAGUACGAGAUGUAUGAUCGAAUUCUGGUGGACGUUCCUUGCACGACCGAUCGACACUCGGUGACGGAGAAUGAUAAUAAUAUCUUCAAAUCGAGUCGAGUGAAGGAGCGAUUGCGACUGCCCGAACUACAGGCAGCUAUUUUGAGCAACUGCUUGAAGCUGCUGAGGCCCGGUGGAACGUUAGUUUAUUCGACUUGCAGUUUGAGCCCGGUGCAGAACGAUGGAGUGGUGCACAUGGCCCUUAGUAACGUGUUUAGCGAUACCGGGAUGACGGUUACGGUGAGGGAUCUAAGCUUGGUCAUGCAACCAUUCUCCGACAUGUACAAAUUCGCCUACCCAAAUACGCUAAAAUACGGCCAACUGGUACUACCGUUUCUGCCGGCGAAUUUCGGACCAAUGUACUUUUGCAAACUCGUUCGCAACAACUAACAAACUAGCGGAAGAUAAUUGUAGAUCAUGUUCGGUAUUGUAUAUUUAACAAAUAGAUGCACUUAAACUAGAGGAAA